AGGAAGAGUAUAAAAUGCGUGGCAAAGGCGGGCCCCCAUUUUUGAAUUUGAAACCAUCGAUUCCCCCACGCUCUUCCUUCAAAAUUCAUUCCAUACUUAACACAUUUUCUAAUCCUAUAUGCUAAUUGCAAUGCCCGCUCUCUUCUUCUCCAAUUCCAAGCAAUCAACUUUUCAAAUACGGAUCUGCUAUUCCCUUUUCUAAACCUAUCCAUCUAUUCCAUUCUACUUUCACUCCCUUCCUUCUCAACAAAGUUCCCAUUCUUUAUCUUUUUUUUUUUUGGUUCGUUUUCAUUCAAUUUGAAGUUUUCCCAACACCGCUUGAAUUUUGUGCCAUCAAAGUUUUGGACUUCAAUUGGGUUUCCUAGAUAAUGAAGAAUCAAGGUGAUCUACGGUUGCCCAGAACUGAUCAUACGGCGAUUGGAGAAAAGCGAAGCAGUGGCGGAUUGGGAGAGAAACAAGAAAGUCUUCAUGAACGGAUUAAAGUGCGAAAACUUGAUUCCGUGUUGAGGACUGAAGAGACCAGCACCCAUCCUAUGAAAAAUAGAGAAGCUAGUGACCAGUUUCAGUUUGGUGAAGGACUUUCUCAAGUUACCAGUUUGCCUGUAACCAUCGAUCUGGCUGCUGCGCAAGCAGAAAGACGUGGGAGGACUUCAUUGUCUGUCGAGGCAGGAUCUAGACCACUAGAUCUCAAUACUGAAGCUUGUGUUGCUGAUAAUUCAGCUAGCAAUGCAAGUCCGGGGAACACUGAGACUUGCAAGAAAGUCUCUUUGCUCAAGCAGCAUGAUAGAGAACAUGAUAGUAAAUUUGUAACCUCUGGAGGGAUUGGCUUGGAUCUCAAUGCCGAAGAUGUUACUAGCCCCAUGAACCCGGAAUUGUUUCGUAAUCCCAAAAUUCAUGAUCACUUGAAAUCAAGAAGGGAUGCUUCUGAGUGUGGGAGUACUACUAGUCCAGUGAAGGGGAAAGACUCAUUAAGAGUUUGGAAGGAGAUGAAGCAAAAUGGUUUUCUUUCAUCUUCUCAUGGCGGCAUUUCAAUACAACGUGGUGUAACCUCAUUUUCACAUGGUGGGAUACCAAUGCCAAAGCAACGUGGGAGGAAAAGCAAGAAUGAUAUUCUCAAGAAAAAGAUGGAGCUUGCAAAGAAAGAACAAGUUGAUAGGUUCACUAAAAUUGCUGCACCAAGUGGACUGUUGAAUGGUUUGAACCCUGGGAUUAUAAACCAUGUGAGGAAUAAAAAACAGGUCCAUUCCAUAAUAGAGGCCUUGGUUAAGUCUGAAAAACUUGAAAAUGGUUGUGUUGAAACUAAAGAAACCAGAAAUGUGGGUGAUUCUGGUGUACAUCUACUCAGUUUUUCUCGAGGAAAUGGGGGUUCAACUAUUUUAUCUGGGAACAAACAAAUAGGAGGAUGCCAUAUAUUAACCGGGGAGAGUGACUCCAGCAUGGUAGGCACGAUAUGUGGCAGAAAUUCUUUAUCACACUCCACUUCUGUCAUUGAAGAUGAUACUUUAGCACUUAAGUUAUCAACAUCAAGCAAGGUAUCUGAGGAAUCUAGAACUUUUUCUAAUGAGGAAUCAACAAAUGUCAAUAGCAUUUCUUCUCUUUCAGUAAGAGCUGCUAGCGUUGCUUCUCAAUGGCUAGAGCUUCUUCAUCAAGACAUUAAAGGGCGCCUCUCAGCAUUGCGACGCAGUAAGAAGAGAGUCCGAGCUGUAAUUACUACAGAGUUACCUUUUUUAAUAUCAAAAGAAUUCCCAUCUAACCAAGAGAAUGAUCCUUUUAUUAUGAAAACUUCAUCUGAUGGACAGUCUAGUAAUGCAAUGUCUUCCCUGCAUCAAGCAAGAUGGAGCACAUUAUUUGAUCAGAUGGAUAAGGCACUCAUCGAAGAAGAGAAACAACUUGUAAAAAUGAGGGGAGAUUAUUCUAUUUCAUAUCAUGGCUCCAAGAGAGUUGGUUGAACCAAGUAAAAGAAAUGCAACUGCACUGUGAUCAGGGGCUGCAAAAUUUUCAAUGGAACUCAAUUUUUGUUUCCCAACUGCAGGAAACAUCAGAAAAUUACAAUAGGUAAAGCUUUUAUAAUCUAAGGAGUGAUGAUGGUAAGCAUCUAUAGGUAAAGAAAAUUACAAUAUGCACUCCAUUGCGUUAUUUUAUGGAGAAAAGGAACAGUGAUCGGUAUUCGGUAAGGUACUGAUCUUAAUAUAGUCUAAAUAAAAUAGAGAACAGUGCGACUCUUAUAUAGUAGGUCAUAAUCGUUGACUUUUGUUCUGUCUGGUUUAAGAGGUUUAGUACAUUGAAGUAAGCAUGUCAAUAUUGGCUUCAUGUCUUCCUUGUCAAGAAUGCAUCCAAAAAGUGGUUUUGAAGAAAAUUUAUUUAUCUUUUUAUCAAGUUGAAAUUCAUGCUUGCCUUUUUCUUUGGGUAAGGCUGGAGUGCUGCAAAAUGAAGCAAGUUUGCUUCUGAAUAGGCUCAGCAGGUCCUCGUUUAUGGUCUUCUGAUUAAUCUUUUUGAUAUUAAAACAUAAAAGUAAAAUUUUUUCAACAUCUUUAGAUCUUUGUGAUUGAGAUUGGGGAAAACACAGUAGGCAGGCUCAUACUAUAUCAUGUGGUAGUAUAAUGCAUUUCUUGUUUUGUUUUGUUUUUGUUUUUUCUUACCUCAGGCUCCCUAUGCGGUGGAUAUUGCUAUUAGUUUUCAAAAAUUUAUUGUUUUGUAUGUG